ACUACUAGUUUGACGAAAGAGUCGGGUGGAUUACAAAUUAUGUCUCCGACUAAACAUGGUGGCUCCCAGGCGACAAGCAGUCACUCUAAUUAUCAUCACCAUCCUUGUUCUCUUCACCAUCAUCCUCUGGAAGCAUCCAUCUGGUCUUUUACCAGUUCUCUCACAUCAACCAUCGCCCAACAUGUCAAUCACGCACAUUGUCAUGUUUCAAUUCAAAGACGGGGUCAGCCCCGAAGUAAUCAAAGAUGUGUGCUCUCGGAUGCUAGCUCUAAAAGAUAAUUGUAUACACCCCACCUCUCAGAAGCCAUACAUUCAGGCCGCAUCGGGCGGAUUGGAUAAUUCGCCCGAAGGCAUCCAACAUGGAAUCACCCAUGCUUUUGUCGUACAUUUCGCGAGCGCCGAAGAUCGCGAUUAUUAUGUGGCCAAGGAUCCAGCCCAUCAAGCAUUCGUCAAGAGUCUGAACGGUAUCAUUGAGAAGGUGCAGGCGAUUGACUUUACUGAUCGCGUUUAUUGACCUGUUGGACCGAAUGAGCAUUAUAGACGAAUACUGAAUGCUAAUGAAUCGUCAAGAACGGGAAUGUUUUCGAAUCCCUUCGUUCCUUGGAGACAAUACGUACAGUGUCUUUAUUAGGUGGAGUAUAACUUUGCUGCUGGAAAGUGAUAGCAUUGCCAAUAUUUGACGCUUAUGUCUCAAGAUAGAAUGUGGCUGAGAGACGAUCACUCAUUAUGUAAUAUGGCAUGUUGAUAAAGCGUUAUCAGCCAAGGUUCAAAGAGAAGAGCCCCUCGUUUCAAGUAUCUGCCGAUAUCCAAUUUUGGAGAUAUGGCGACUCUUGUGCAACUUAUUCUGUCAUCGCCGUGCGGG